UAUUAAAAUUACAAUUUUUGUUUGAACUUUUAUUAAUUGCAGGAUAUGGUGCAAGCGAAGGAUCCGCCCUCUCAUUAUUUGAAUAAAUUGCGCACAUAUCUGGACCCAAAGGCGUCUCGCAGUCAUCGGCUAUUUUUCCUCUACUUUCUUUGUCAGAAACGCAAAAUGGUCGGUGAAUCCACAUCGACGCAGGUGCUGCGUGAUCUUGAGAUCUCGCUGCGCACCAACCACAUUGAGUGGGUAAAGGAGUUUCUUGAUGACACGAAUCAGGGUCUCGACGCACUCGUUGAUUACCUAAGUUUUCGACUGCAGAUGAUGCGACAUGAACAGCGUGUCGAAGAAGCACUCUCCGAUUCCGAUGAGCGUCUAAACAUGACAAGUAGUCAGACGGUGGGUGGUGGUGGCACCGGUUCAGGUUCAGCGGAUGGUCUUUGCAGCACAUCGGUGGGAGUUAGUUCACCACUGAGUGGUAGCAUCAACAUGGAUGGCAUGCGACAUCACCAACAUUCACACGUGGGUCACUCGGGCGGCAGUCUUAAUGGUUUUUUGCGUCCCUCGCUGGCCGAGGUGCUUGACAGCCCCAGCAUUAGAAGACGCUCCAGGCAUAUAGCGAAAUUGAAUAUGGGCGCAUCUACAGAUGAUAUACAUGUGUGUAUAAUGUGCUUGCGCGCCAUAAUGAACAACAAAUACGGAUUUAACAUGGUAAUACAACAUCGUGAGGCCAUUAAUUGCAUUGCCUUGAGUUUGAUACACAAGUCUCUGCGUACCAAAGCGCUAGUGCUGGAGCUUUUAGCUGCCAUUUGUCUGGUGAAGGGUGGCCACGAGAUCAUUUUGUCCUCGUUCGACAACUUUAAGGACGUGUGUCAGGAGAAGCGACGCUUUCAAACACUCAUGGAAUACUUCAUGAAUUUUGAAGCCUUCAACAUUGACUUUAUGGUUGCAUGUAUGCAGUUCAUGAACAUUGUGGUUCACUCUGUGGAAGAUAUGAAUUAUCGCGUCCAUCUGCAAUACGAAUUCACAGCUCUGGGUCUUGACAAAUAUCUGGAAAAACUACGUAUGACUGAAUCAGAAGAGCUAAAGGUGCAAAUUUCUGCAUAUUUGGAUAACGUAUUCGACGUGGCGGGACUAAUGGAGGAUUCUGAAACGAAGACUGCAGCGUUAGAACGUGUGCAGGAGCUUGAAGAUCAGUUGGAACGAGAAGUGGAUCGCAACUCAGAAUUCAUGUAUAAAUUGGCUGAGCUCGAGACAGAAGUUGCUGUAUUGAAAGCAGAACGAGAGGAUUUAAUGACGACAAAACUGAAAUUUGACGAAGAGGUCACAACGUUGCGUCGCAUACUCAAACAAAAUGAACAAGAGCUGAAGAAACGUGAAUCUCUACUUCAAAGCAAAAACCUCGAAUUACAAACGUUGACUCGUUCAUUACCACGUUCUGGUUCAAAUAGUGAAACAUCCCUACAAAAUGGUGGGGCGUCACCAGAUAAAUGCAUGUCACCUCCACUGCCACCUCCGCCACCACCAUUGCCGUCUGCCAUGUCACCUGCCAGUUCGGCGCCUCCACCGCCACCUCCGCCCGCACCACCUGCUCCGCCACCACCGCCCAUAACGCACGGCGGUUCCAUGAGUAAUGGCGGUACAUUAUCACCUACAAUGUCGACAAACGGUGGCUCGAUAGGAUCACGUUCACCGCCAUAUGGCUCAGGUCCAAAUGGUGGACCUAUGAUAUGUGCGUUCCAACCGCCACCUCCACCUGUGGCCGGUUUCAUGCCCGCUCCAGACGGUGCCAUGACAAUCAAACGAAAAGUGCCGACCAAAUACAAACUGCCCACGCUUAACUGGAUAGCUUUAAAGCCAAACCAGGUUCGAGGAACAAUUUUCAACGAGUUGGAUGACGAAAAGAUCUUUAAACACAUUGAUUUCAACGAAUUCGAGGAGCGCUUCAAAAUUGGUAUUGGCGGCUCAUUGACAAAUGGUAGUAACACUGAAGUGGAUGGUCUGCACUCAUAUCCCAGUAGGCGCUUCAAGAAACCAGACAAUGUGUCGUUAUUAGAACACACGAGAUUACGAAACAUUGCAAUAUCUCGACGCAAACUGGAUAUGCCCAUCGAUGAGGUAAUCGCCGCCAUACAUAGUUUAGAUUUGAAGAAAUUGUCUCUUGAAAAUGUGGAACUGCUUCAAAAGAUGGUGCCCACUGAUGUUGAGGUCAAAUCCUACAAAGAAUAUAUAGCCGAACGUAAAGAUCAAAACCUACUCACCGAAGAAGACAAAUUCAUGUUGCAGUUAUCGCGUGUUGAACGCAUAUCAUCAAAGCUUUCAAUAAUGAAUUACAUGGGGAACUUCUUUGAUUGCCUUCAUCUAAUCAGUCCACAAAUACAAGCUAUAACAACAGCUUCGAACUCGCUUAAGAAAUCAGUGAAAUUCAAAGCUGUACUGGAAAUAGUCCUCGCAUUUGGCAAUUAUCUCAACAGCAGUAAACGAGGUCCUGCGUAUGGAUUUAAAUUGCAGUCGCUUGAUACCCUAAUCGAUACAAAGUCAACCGACAAACGCUCAUCGCUUUUGCACUAUAUUGUGGCUACCAUCAGGCAAAAGUUUCCAGAUCUGCUUAAUUUCGACACAGAGUUGUAUUGCACUGAUAAAGCGUCACAAGUGUCGCUAGAAAAUAUAGUGACAGACGUGCAUGACCUAGAAAAGGGCAUGGAACUGGUAAAGAAAGAAGCAGAACAGCGUGUAAAAGGUACACAAACGCAUAUUUUACGCGAUUUUCUCAAUAAUUCUGAGGAUAAAUUGAAGAAGAUUAAAAUGGAAUUAAAGAAUGCUCAAGAUGCAUUCAAAGAAUGUGUUGAGUAUUUCGGUGAAUCGUCUCGUAACGCUGAUGCAGCUGCUUUCUUUGCGCUAAUUGUGCGUUUCACUCGAGCUUUCAAAAUUCACGAUCAAGAAAACGAGCAACGUCGCCGCUUGGAACAAGCAGCAGCCCAGGCCGCCAACAAAAAGGAAAGCGACCAAGUGUUAAUGCGCAACAAAAUGAACCAGAAGAAACAACAGAUGUCCGGUUGUGGCUACUCCUUACAGGACGCUGUCAUUAACGAGCUGAAGAGCAAAGCGAAUUCGGUUCGGGAGAAAAAAUUACUGCAACAGGAUGA